AUGGCAGAACCCAGGAAAGUCCCCUUCGUCACCCUCUCGCCCUUCCACACAGCCGCUCUAUCGACCCCGGAGGUGAGCAAGAAACGCCGCCGCGAAGACGAGGCCAUAAGUUUGGGCAGUGCGUUCGGGUCAGAAGGUGGCGGAGGGGGAUUCGGGACCGCGCAGGCUGAUGCCGCCGAGCCCGCGGAGGUCAAACCCACCGUCCGUCUCAACCUCUCUCUCUCCGAGCCGAGUGAACGUGGUUCUGCAGAGUUUAACUACAUCGAAUUGGUGCUCCCGACUCCUUCGCGUCCAUCUCAGGUACAACUUGCAGCUGCUUCAACUGUCCCUAAAGGCCUUGCACCCUCCCUGGACCCCAACGACCCACUCGCUGAUGAUGAGAAGGAGAGACGCGAGGUGGAAGAGUUGGCCAGGAAGUUUGAAAACAAAUAUGGUGGUGCUUCCAAGAAGAGGAAAAAAGACAGGAUGCAGGAUCUCAUUGAUAUUGGUUACGGGUAUGAUGAGACCGACCCCUUCAUUGACAAUUCUGAAGCCUAUGAUGAGCUGGUUCCGGCCUCUCUGACCACCAAACAUGGAGGCUUCUACAUUAACACGGGCACCCUGCAGUUUCGAGCCGCAUCUGAUUCUGAAGGAGAGGAUACAGAGAAUAAUCACGUAAAGUUGAAAGAUGGAGAAGAGCGGGUGAUUAAAAAGCGGAAGAAAAAGCAAGAUGGUGCUGUUUUGGAGGAGAAGAAACCCAGGAAAAAUAAAGUACCAAAGCCCAGAGUGUCAUCAUUGAAUCGGCCAGAAAAGAAGAAGAGGAAGAAACUUAUGAAAGAUUCCCUCCACCUGGCUAACAUGCUGCGGCGCUUCACCAGGGAGAAGGAAGAGAUGCGAAAAAGGAACGUGGCUGGUGCUAAUAUGCCACGACCCCAAGCCAAAGUGCCCUGUGCUAACAGCGCCGUUGUCAACAGCCAACCAAAGGCUGCCAACGCCAACGACUGUAAUGUGGCGGACUUGACGUCCGACCCGGCUGUGAUGUCGCUACUAGGGUCGGCCAACAACGACGUGUUACAGGACAUGAUGGGUGAUCUGGACUUUGGGAUGCUGGACUCUCCGCAGCCCCCUAGUCCUUCUCAAGGGGAGAACGGUUCCUUCAGCACGGGUCUUAAGGCGGGUGCAGGCAGGGUUUCGCAGGGUAAUGUAGCGAGCCCGCCGUCGCUUCCCGCUGGUCUUCCAGGCCCUCUUUUAAAGCGCAUCGAAGACCUCAGAGCGGCUUCCCGUCAGUUUGACGAAGAGGGACGCAAAAAGUUCUUCACAAUGGACAUGAAUAACAUCCUCCUUGAUAUCGAUUUGCAGGUUCAGGAGCAGCCAGCAGAUGUUCGUUCAGUCGUGUACUCUCACUUGGAGGCCUUCGUUCCGUGUAAUAAAGAAGGUCUGCUCAAGCGCCUCAAGAAGCUGAGCCUGAACAUCCAGGACGACCGGCUCCGUACACCACUACUCAAGUUGAAGCUGGCAGUGUGCGGCGUGAUGCCAGAGCAAAUCGCUCGCUACAACAUGGACUGUAUUGCUAAGGUGGCAAAACACCAGUCUGAGGAAGGAGAAAAAAAUGGUUCUGAAGAUGAUGAUGAAGAGAAGCCAGGGAAGAGGGUGAUGGGGCCUCGGAAGAAGUUUGUCUGGGAUGACAAACUCAGGUCGCUGCUGUGCAGCUUGGUGCGGGUGAAGCUGAGCUGCUACGAGCUCGAGGGUAAAAGCACAUCUCCCGAAGAUUACCUCAAAGCCUUUAUGGAGACAGAGGUUAAACCCCUUUGGCCGAAAGGUUGGAUGCAGGGCAGGAUGCUGUUUAAAGAAAGCAUUAUGGCUCACGGUCACCUUACUGGCUACACAGCAAAGAAAAAGAUCAUCACAACACCCAAAGCCAAGCCAAAGGAGGCAGCGUGGGUUCAACGUUCCACACCCUCGGCAGGUGUCACUCCAUCCCCCGUCGGGCAGGUUGCUAAGCGACCAUCUCAGUCGCCGUCAGAACCCAUAUGCCUGGAUUCCCUAGAUGACGAUCUGGCAGUUCCCUCCCUGGACUCCAUCUCCCAGGCGCUUAUGAUCCUUGGCAACGCCGCCAAAGGCCUGGCACAAGGGGAAAACCCUCCAUCCCCAGAUAUACCCAAGAGUGUCACCAAUCCCCCCUCCACUCCUCAUGUCUCUCCUCUCAUCCAGCAGCAGCAGAAAAAGAACUUGGUCAGCACACCCACUUCCAGCAACUCCCGCUACACGUUUACCUCCUCAUCUCCCUCCACCCCUCUUUCUCGCCCGUCCUCGGUCACCUUCUCACCUGUGUCGUCAGUCAGGGUGGAUGCAAUGGGGGUUGUAAAAGGCCCAGGACAAGUGCACAGACACUCUGUGUUGAACACUCAGAGACCCGUAGGUGUCGCUGUGCCUAAAGUAAACUCCCCAGCAUCUGCUCCACCAGCUAAACCCCGCCCUCCACCCACCACGUCACCUCUCGCCCCUCCGGGGUCCAAGGUGGGGGUCUCCACCCCCCCUUCAAGCAUCAUCAAAUGCAGCAAUAAUAAAGGAGUCAACAGUAGCGACCCCAUCAUCAUUACGUCGCCUCCAUCUCGACCAACGGUUCACCCAUCAUCCGUGCACAUGAGCCCUAAAACCUUCCUGUCGACGCACUUGCCCCACAACCCGCAGAACAAAGCCUCACCUUCCGCCCAGUCUCAUCUGGGUGUUCCAACUACACAACAGUCAGGCUUCAUCACCCCCAUGCACGCUACUAUCACGAAAUCAAGUCACAGUGGCGUCACGCCAAUUGUUAAACUCACACCUCGCACCCUCAGCUCGGCCACCGUCACCCCGUCUCGCACCCUCAUCGUCACCACCUCGAGUUUGCUCACCACGCCCCAAAUCCCCAGAUCUCAGGCGACAUCCUCCUUACAGCAGUAUGCCUCUAAAAGCCCUGCAGGGUUCCGCCCACCGUUUUCAGGUGCCCAGGCAGCGGCAGCCAAGGUCAGUCAAGGUGCUUACGCUGCCCCAGGCAGCCAGAAGAGUCCAAUCAUCAUCAGCAACAGCAGCAACACAGCCAACAGUAGCCUUAUAAACACUUCAUCCAUCACCAAGCAUUCAGGAACUGGCACCCCUCCAUCGACACCCUCCGCCAACCCGGGCCAGCGCCAGAGGCCAGGGGGUUUGACGUCUCAGGGAGCCAAACCGGUGACGUCGGUCCCGUUGUCAUCGGUCCCAUUGUCAUCGGCCUCUUCUCAGCUGCCACAGGUGUCGUCAGCGGGGAGUAGUGGCCUGCUCGCCUCUGGUCCGUCUCUUCCUCUAGGUUUCGGAAUGCUGGGCGGCCUCGUUCCGGUGUCGCUUCCCUUCCAGUUCCCCCCAUUGCUCAAUCUGCCCCCUUUGGGCACCAGUACAGCGCCCAGUAGCUCUGCUGCCAGUAGCAAUGCAUCUUUCUCAACCUUGACUCAGAAUCUGUAUAAGAGCCUCCAGUCGGGGUCUCAGGUUGCUCUGCCUCCUCACUUGCAGCUCGCUUUCUCAGAUGUUGGCCAAAGCCAGGGCGGAGACGCUAAAAGGAAGACAUUAUGA